GCUCAAGAUGAAGACUGUCGUGGUAUUAGCAUGCCUGGCCUUAGCGCUGGCUGAAGCCAGCAUGAUCCCUCCGAAGUUCGUCUACAAAACUAAGCCUGUCGAGGCUGAUUUUGUUACGAAGCAAGAGAAGAUCCUCAAGUUGUUCGUUCAUCCCGAACAAGUUGACGUAGAAGCUGACUACUACAAGAUUGGAAAGGAGUACGACAUCGAAGCCCACGUUGAUGACUACACCAACAAGAAAGCUGUCGAAGAGUUCUGGGGACUAUGGAAGACUGGUUUCCUACCCAAGAACGUUCCUUUCUCCAUCUUCUACGAAAGGCAAAGAGAAGAAGCCGUUGCUCUUUUCCACGUCUUUUACUACGCUAAGGACUUCGAGACCUUCUACAAGACCGCUGCCUUCGCUCGUGUUUACAUAAACGAGGGACAGUUCCUCUAUGCUUACUACAUUGCUCUGAUUCACCGUGCUGACACCAAGGGAGUAGUCGUCCCAGCACCCUACGAAGUUUACCCUGAACUUUUCACAAACUCGAAUGUAUGGUACAAGAUCUUCCGUACCAAGAUGCAGAACGGAGUUUUUACCCCAGAUUUCGGAACUGAGCAGGGUAUUGUACAAGAGGGAGACCGUUGGGUUGUCUACUCAAACUACUCCGACUACCUUACUUACCCCAAUGAUGAAUACAAAAUUUCCUACUUCACUGAAGACAUUGGCCUUAACGCUUACUACUACUACUUCCACUCUUACUUCCCAUUCUGGAUGGACGGUGAUCUCUACCCAGGAAUGAAGGAACGCCGCGGUGAAGUCUACUACUAUUUCUAUCAACAACUUUUGGCCCGUUACUACUUGGAGAGACUUUCCAAUGGAUUAGGAGAAAUCCCUGACUUCUCUUGGUGGCACCCAAUCAGAACUGGCUACAGCCCUUACAUCAACUACUUCACAUCGUUUGUGCAGAGGCCAUCUUUCUAUAACAUUCCUUAUGAAAAGAACUAUGAAGAACUCCAACUUCUUGACACUUAUGAAAAAACAUUCAUUCAGUAUCUUGAACAAGGACAUUUCAAGGCUUUCAACCAGGAUGUUGACCUACGCAACAGCAAAUCGGUUAACUUUGUUGGUAACUUCUGGCAAGCUAAUGCCGAUUGGCACGGUAAAGUUGCGCGCAAAGACAACCACAACUCCUAUGAAGUUACAGCUCGUCGUAUUCUUGGUGCUGCUCCUGAACCCGUUGACAAGUACACUUUCGUGCCAACCGCUCUUGACUUCUACCAGACAUCUCUUCGUGACCCAAUAUUCUACCAGAUGUACAGCAAGAUUUUGAAAUACUUCAUUGAAUACAAGAAGUUCCUUACACCAUACACCCAAGAUGUUUUACACUACGUCGGUGUUAAGAUUAACGAUGUUAAGGUUGACAAGCUUGUUACCUUCUUCGACUACUAUGACUUUGAUGUAACCAACAAUGUAUUCUUCACUAAAGAGGAACUUAAGUCAAAGCAAUUCCCAUACUACGUGGUUCGUCAACCCCGUAUUAACCACAAGCCUUUCACCGUUACCGUUGAUGUUAAGUCUGACGUUGAAGGAGAUGCCGUAUUCAAAAUCUUCAUGGGACCUAAAUAUGACAGCAAGGGAUACCCCAUUAACAUUGAAGACAACUGGCAAAACUUCGUUGAGUUAGACUGGUUUGUACACAAACUCACCAAGGGACAAAACAAGGUUGAUCGUCUCUCUACUGACUUCUUCUACUACAAGGAAGACUCUGUACCCAUGCGCGAUAUCUUCAAGCUACUUCCUGAAGGCAAAGUGCCAACUGACAUGUCUACCGAAUCUGGUGCAUUCCCCAAGAGGUUGGUCCUUCCCAAGGGUACCAAGGGUGGUUUCCCGUACCAAUUCUUCGUAAUUGUUUACCCAUACACUCCUGCUGAAAAGAAAUUCGAUGCUAUCAAGACAUUCGAGUGGGACAGCAAGCCUUUCGGAUAUCCAUUCGACCGCCCAGCACAUGAAGUAUACUUCAAGCAACCCAACAUGUUCUUCGAAGAUGUUGUAGUGUACCACGAGGGAGAAGAAUACACCUACAAGUAUAACACCCCUUACUAUACAGUCCACCACAAUGAAGUGACCAAACACUAAGAGGAGAGAGAAAUAAAUCUAAAUAUGACAUUUAUGUAAGCGUUAUACUGUAAUACCUUACAAUUACAAAUAAAAACACAUUAUAAAUAAA